GCAGAGCGAUGGCCCAUUUGGCGUUGGUUGAAGAAUAUGCACCCAUUGCAGUGACGACCCGCUGAAGAGAAACAGCACUUAGCGCGACGUGGAGGUCUCCUCACUUACGCUAGCCGCUGAUUUUAUUCGACCAAAGACGAAGAGGUUAGGGUUUUGCGGAUUUUAUCUCUGGAUCCAUCGUCGAUUCGAAUUUGUUGCUUGGGAGCUUAAUUUCGCGGAGGAAGCAAUGGAUGAGGGAAAACAUAAAUCUAGGAGAGAGGAAUCGGAGAGGAGUGAGGAGGAUGUGAAGCGGAGCCACCACCGGGAUCGCGAGAGAGAAAGAGAGAAGGAGAGGAAUGGAGAGAGGCACAAGGAAAAGAGGAGCAGAGAUAGUCGGCGAUCGGAGAGAGAGAGGAGCAGUGAUUCCGAUGACAAGUAUGAGAAGGAGAGGGAGAAGGAGAAGCAGAGAGAAAGGGAAAAAGCCAGAGAGAAGAAGAGGGAAAGAGAGAGGGAAGAUAGAGAGAGGGAGAAAGAGAGAGAGAAAGAGAAGAGGGAGAGGGCGAGGGAGAAGGAAAGAGAGAGAGAGAAGAGGGAAAGGGAGAGAGAGGAGAGGGAGAGGGAGAGGGAGGAGAGGGAGAGGGAGAGGGAGAGGGAGAGGGAGAAGGAGAAGGAGAAGGAAAGGGAGAGGAGGGAGCGCGAAAAAGAGAGGGAGAAGGAAAGAGAGAAGGAGAGGAGGAGGCGGAGAGAAGCCGAUAAUGAUGGCAGCGAUGGUGAUGAUGAGCACAGGGACCGUGACAGGAAGCGGCGGAGGAGAGACGAUGAUGAUUACAGGGAGAGAGAUCGUGAACGGAGCAGCAGCAGGCCUCGCAAGCACAGGGAUGACAGUGAAGAGAGGAAAAAGAGUGGUGACGAUGAUUCAGAUAAGAUAGAGAAGAGACAAACACGGGAAGAGGAGUUAGAGGAUGAGCAGCGGAGAUUGGAUGAGGAAAUGGAAAAGAGGAGGAGGAGAGUGCAGGAGUGGCAAGAGUUGAAGAGAGCCAAGGAAGAAGCAGAGAGAGAGAAUCAUGGGGAAGUGAAUGCUGAUGAACCAAAGUCUGGUAAGGCCUGGACUCUUGAAGGAGAGUCCGACGACGAAGAAGUACCGCAUACAGAAAAAUCGGAGACAGAAAUGGAUGUGGAUGAAGAGGCCAAGCCUACCAGUGUAGAAGUGGGUGAUGGCGAUUCAAUGUUUGUUGAUUCCGAGAAUGGAAUGUUUGCAUCCACUUUAGCUAAUGGGGGUGAUGGUGCUGCUGGAGAUGAUGAGGAAAUUGAUCCGUUGGAUGCUUUCAUGAAUUCUAUGGUGUUGCCUGAAGUUGAGAAGCUAAACAAUACUUUGGCGCCCUCAAAUGUUGAGGAUAAGAAUGUGGACCCGAAGAACAAAGAUAAGAAGCAUGAAGGAAGUAACGGCGAACAGCCACGGAAGGGUCCAAAAAAAUAUGUGGGGAGAAUAAUGCAGGGUGAAGAUUCGGAGUCAGAUUAUGGUGACCUUGAGAAUGAUGAGGAUCAUUCAGAAGAUGAAAAUGAUGAUGAGUUCAUGAAAAGGGUGAAGAAGACAAAAGCUGAGAAACUUUCUAUAGUUGACCACUCAAAGAUUGAUUAUAUAUCGUUCAGAAAAAAUUUCUACAUUGAAGUGAAAGAUAUCUCAAAGAUGACUUCUGAAGAGGUUGUUGCUUACAGGAAAGAAUUGGAAUUGAAGCUACAUGGUAAGGAUGUGCCAAAGCCAAUCAAAACCUGGCACCAAACUGGACUUACAAGUAAAAUCUUGGAGACAAUAAAGAAACUUAACUUCGAAAAGCCAAUGCCAAUUCAAGCCCAGGCUUUGCCUAUAAUUAUGAGUGGUCGAGACUGCAUAGGCGUUGCGAAAACUGGCUCGGGCAAAACCCUUGCAUUUGUGCUGCCAAUGUUGAGGCAUAUCAAGGACCAGCCAGAGGUGGUAGCUGGAGAUGGGCCUAUUGGGCUUAUAAUGGCACCGACGAGGGAGCUUGUACAGCAGAUCCACAGUGAUAUAAAGAAGUUUGCCAAGGUGCUUGGUAUCAGGUGUGUGCCUGUGUAUGGAGGUUCUGGUGUUGCCCAACAAAUUAGUGAAUUGAAGCGGGGCACUGAGAUUGUUGUCUGUACUCCAGGCAGGAUGAUUGACAUACUUUGCACAAGUGGGGGGAAGAUUACAAAUCUGCGUAGAGUCACUUAUUUGGUCAUGGAUGAAGCCGAUCGAAUGUUUGACAUGGGUUUUGAACCUCAAAUUACUCGAAUUGUUCAAAAUAUUCGGCCAGAUCGCCAAACUGUGCUCUUCUCUGCUACUUUCCCUCGUCAGGUUGAAGUUUUGGCGCGUAAAGUGUUAAACAAACCUGUGGAGAUACAAAUUGGUGGGAGAAGUGUUGUGAACAAAGACAUAACACAGAUGGUUGAGGUGAGGCCGGAAAGUGAUAGGUUCUUUAGAUUGUUAGAAUUACUGGGGGAAUGGUAUGAGAAAGGAAAAAUUUUGAUAUUUGUCCACUCGCAGGAGAAGUGCGAUGCUUUGUUCAAGGAUCUUAUCAGGCACGGUUAUGCUUGCCUCUCUCUUCAUGGGGCUAAGGAUCAGACAGAUCGUGAAUCCACCAUUUCUGAUUUUAAGAGCAAUGUCUGCAAUUUGCUGAUUGCAACAAGUAUUGCUGCCAGGGGGUUAGAUGUCAAGGAGCUUGAAUUGGUGAUCAACUUUGACGUUCCAAACCACUAUGAAGAUUAUGUUCACCGCGUUGGUCGUACAGGCCGAGCUGGCAGGAAAGGCUGUGCUAUUACAUUUAUAUCUGAUGAAGAUGCAAGAUAUGCACCUGAUCUUGUAAAAGCAUUAGAACUCUCUAAGCAAGCUGUUCCUGAUGAUCUGAAAGCUGUAGCUGAUAGUUUUAUGGCAAAAGUGAAUCAGGGACUUGAGCAAGCCCAUGGGACCGGUUAUGGUGGAAGUGGUUUUAAAUUUAAUGAAGAGGAAGAUGAAGUGAGGAGAGCUGCAAAGAAAGCACAGGCCAAAGAAUAUGGUUUUGAGGAGGACAAAUCAGAUUCGGAAGAUGAAGAUGAAGGUAUACGGAAGGCAGGUGGUGACAUAUCACAGCAGGCUGCCUUAGCUCAGAUAAUUGCUGCUGCCUCCAAAGUCAGUACACCUUCUAUGCAAACCCCUGCCUCCGCCUCCCAAUUGCUUCCCAAUGGUGGACUACCUGUUACCCUACCAGGCGUUAUUGGUCUAACAAUACCUGGAACAGCAGCAGCAGUGCCUGGGACUGGUUUGCCAGCUGCCAAUGAGGCGGCAGGGGCAGCUCGAGCAGCAGCAAUUGCAGCUGCUUUCAACUUACAGCAAAAUUUGGCGAAGAUUCAAGCUGAUGCAUUGCCUGAACAUUAUGAGGCGGAGUUGGAGAUAAAUGAUUUUCCCCAAAAUGCUCGAUGGAAGGUUACCCACAAGGAAACUUUGGGCCCAAUUUCAGAGUGGACUGGAGCUGCGAUUACUACCAGGGGCCAGUAUUUCCCUCCAGGUCGGGUUGCAGGACCUGGAGAACGCAAGCUUUACUUGUUCAUUGAGGGACCUACUGAGCAGUCUGUGAAGAGAGCUAAAUCAGAAUUAAAACGUGUUUUGGAAGACAUCACGAACCAGGCAUUACAACUACCAGGUGGAGCCCAGCCAGGCAGAUACCAAGUUUUAUAAGUCAGGAACCAAGCCUUCCAGGACUGUCAAUCUGGAAAACCAUCCAUACCACAUGAGAAGCUAGGAGGGAGAAAUCGAAACAGGAGGUUCGGAAGAACUGGAAAGAGGCAUAGAUCACCAUUUUGGUAUGCUUUCUGUAAAGGAUUUUCAGAAGGUUCUCUAUGUUCUUAAGUUGUGCGUCUUUAUGCAAUGAAGGAAUUGUUUCACUUGGUGCUGGGAUUCUAUAGAGCAGUCUGCUUGUCUCAUAAGGCUGCUUCCGUCGUUUUAUUUACGAGAUUCAUGGUUGUUUUCUGCUUCUUGUAGUGAGGUGCUAUCAGUGGAAAGGUGAUAGCUAGGGUUGUGGAGGAAACGGUUAGGUAUCAUGUAACUACAAAAUGUUAGGUGGUGUUGGAAAUAUGAGCCCCCUUUGUCUUACGUGACAGUUUCCGCCUA